AUGGCGCCCCGAAUUGCAGUGUCCCAGCUUGUGAUGAUCCGCGAUAUGAUCAGCAGCAAAUCGCUGACCACUUCUCAGAUGGCCGAAGCGGCUGGCUGCAGCAAACGAUCGAUCAUAACCAUCAGUGCUAACCUCCGAAUGUUUGGCGACGUUCAUGCACCCCUGAUCCCGGGCGGCCGCCCCCGUGUGAUCAUAUCCGUCAUGCUCGAGGCGCUAUGCGACCAUUUGCUAGAGAAACCAGAUUUAUACCUAUAUGAGAUGGCAGAGUUCUUGUACGAUGAAUUCGACGUGAUCGCAUCCAGGUACACUAUCAGUCGGGCUCUUCGAUCGCAUGGAGGACGGGCUGGUCUCCCCGCGGGGUGGCCUAUCCAGAUUUCCCGUUUUCAAAGAGGUCAGCGAUACCAGAUUCUCCCGGCGUAUUGCCAAGAUGGCAUUUCGAUGUCGCGAGUCUUCCAAGGAUCGACUGAUGCUAGCAUGUUCGAAGACUUCAUUGAACAGCUUCUCCAUCACUGUGGUAGAUGGCCAGAGCCAAAGUCUGUCCUUGUUAUGGACAAUGCAUCUUUCCACCAUACUGAUCGAAUCAGAGAGCUAUGCUCAAAUGCCGGUGUCAAGUUGUUGUACUUACCACCGUACUCCCCUGAUCUAAAUCCGAUCGAGGAGUUCUUUGCAGAGCUGAAAGCAUUUGUUAGACGAAAUUGGCAAAAACAGACAGAUCAAGAUUUCAAGGAUUUCCUUGAAUGGAGCCUGGAUGUGGUGGGGGCUAGAGGAGAAAGUGCAGAAGGUCAUUUUCGACAUGCGAACGUUGAGGUUGAAGAGCAAUGA